ACAAAGUGAUUCGCUGGACGCGCCCUUGGGCGUCACUUGUUCAAGGUCACGCCCAUUAAACGGCGCGCGCUCUCCGUUUCACUACCUCGUUUUCUCUCCUUCAAUCGCAUGUACUUUGGAAACCCAAAACUUGCUGUGGUACAGUUCCGUCUAGUCUAUCGUAACUUUCAGAACGAACUUUUUCUCGGUCACCCCAUGACACGGAAGUAAAUACUAUUUCUUUUUUCCUCUAUUUAAUUCAACUGAAUGUUUCGGUGUUCGACACUUUACAAUGUGAAGACAAUGAUGUGAAGUGAGGGAUUUUUUUUUAAAUUGUGAAACCGUGGACAUUGGUGCGUGCGGGUUGUUAAUUGUUAUAUUGUUGGUGAAGAGAGUAAAAAAGGAAGAUGUUACCCUAUCAGAUGGCCAUGGACUACGGGGGUUUUCAACGUCAAAGCCCCGUUGGAGUUGGAGUGGCUGGAGUCGGGGUCGGUGGUCCUCAUCAGGGGACCGCCGGGGCGCUAAACAUCAACCCCGCUUUCACGCACUCCUGGUUCGUACCGGCGGACCUCUGUGUCCCGUACAAACAGAGUCAGGGUCCUCUCCUCGAGCCAGGCAUCCUUGAACUGAGGAAAGAGAAAAGCAGAGAUGCUGCUAGGUCACGUCGUGGAAAGGAGAACUACGAGUUUUACGAGUUAGCGAAAAUGUUGCCUCUACCAGCAGCCAUCACCUCCCAACUGGACAAGGCUUCCAUUAUAAGGCUGACAAUCUCCUACCUUAAACUUCGUGACUUCUCGGGUCACGGUGAUCCUCCUUGGAGUCGCGAUGGACCACCACCCAACAAGUCUGUUAAAGGAUCAAAUCGAGUAAGAUCAUCAGCUUCUUUGGCAGUUGAUAUAUUUGAACAGCAUCAAGGUACCCAUAUACUUCAGUCGCUGGACGGCUUCGCGAUGGCUGUGGCGGCAGAUGGACGAUUUCUCUACAUUUCUGAAACGGUCUCAAUUUACCUCGGUCUUUCUCAGGUGGAAAUGACAGGUUCGAGUGUAUUCGAUUACGUACAUCGGGAGGAUCAUGCUGAGGUUGCAGAGCAACUUGGACUCGGCCUAACCUCGCCAUCCAAUUCGUCAGCGCCUCACUCCUCGAGUUCUGGAUUAGCUUCGCCCAGCAGUGGAGCAUCGGAAGAACACGGUUCGUCAUCCACAGCAAACCCUGACGUUUCAUCAAUAAUGGCGUUAUCUUCUAGUGGUCUUUACAAAGGUUACGAUAGAGCAUUUUGUGUCAGGAUGAAAUCGACACUUACGAAGAGAGGAUGUCAUUUUAAGUCUUCCGGCUACAGAGUGGUUUUAUUACUCUGCCGUUUGAGGCCACAAUUCACAUUCAGUCAUUCGAGAAAAUCUACUCCGCCAUUAAUGGGAAUGGUUGGCCUGGCGAUUGCCCUGCCACCGCCCAGUGUACAUGAAAUCAGACUAGAAACCGACAUGUUCGUCACGCGAAUUAAUUUCGACUUCAGGAUAGCACAUUGUGAACCAAAGGUAUCAGAACUACUGGACUACACUGCUGAUGAACUGACGGGAAUGAACCUCUACAAACUCUGUCAUGGAGAAGAUGCAAAUCGACUGAGGAAUUCCCACAGUGACCUAAUCAAGAAAGGUCAAGUCCUAACUCACUAUUAUCGACUAAUGAACAAGAGCGGUGGUUACACCUGGUUACAAACGUGUGCAACAGUGGUUUGCAAUUCAAAAAAUGCAGAGGAGCAGAAUAUCAUUUGCGUCAACUAUGUCAUCAGUGGCCGUGAAUAUGAGAACCUAAUUAUGGACUGUUGUCAACUCGAGAGCGGUGUUACGGGUGUUAAAAGGGAGGACGCUGCCGGUAAUGACCCUGAGAAUGGUUCACCAGAUGCUGAUCGAGGAGAAGGUCGAAGUAGCGGUGGUCCAGCGACUAAUCAACAUUCCGAGCAUUCACAUCAUUCGCCCACUGAUGACAAGGAGGACACUCGUGGUUCAGAGGGUGAGACCCGAGGUGGACGACAUCAUGACAAUGUAACCCAACUUCAGCAAGAGAGCCAGACGGUCAAUUCUCUUGGAGGGAAAAUGAGGGCCAGUAAACGAAAAUUGGUUCCUCAGGAAGAAGAGACGAGUUCGGGUGAGGACGAAGAGGAAGAUGAGGAAUCAAUAUCAAAGACUCCAAAUGGAAGAAAUCAUGCACUUAGUCCAGCAUCAUCGAAUCAUUCACUCUCGACAUCGGAGCAAGUUCUUCGGGCAACGAGUCCAAAAACUCGUCGCACCGAAAUACGACCGGAAUCAUCAGAGAAUGCAUCGGGUGUGAGUGCAUCGGUUAAGGACAUUGAGCAGGCAAUGUCGAAACACCUGCCCGGAGCAUCUCUCACUAAACCAGAUUCACCAGCUAUGCAUCAACCCACAGAUUUUAGUACGGACGCGUUAUUGAAGCAACAACAGCAGAGGAGUACAAUACAGUGGAUUGGUGCGCACCACCAUCUGGGACAUCCGAGUUCUCAACAAUCGAGUGCCCCUUCUCUUCCCGCUUCGGCACUUUUGAGGCAUCUUUAUGCAACGAACAGGGAGAGCGUGAUACGUGCCAAUGUACAGGGCAUAACGUCGAGCGGAACGCGAACACCAUCAUCAGGCGGUGGAUAUUACACGGAAACGGCCCAAACAGGACCUCUACCAACCCCACCAGGCUCUGAGGGUUCCUCAACCUAUGGCGAGCACCAAUUCGUCUUGGCAGCUCACAACCAAAAGGGCUCAACAAGCAACUCCGAUGCAUUCACAAGUCUCGUCUCUUCCUACUCGUCAGCGAGUGGUUAUGCGGUUGACUAUCAUUCCGCAAUGACACCACCGUCAUCGGUAUCGCCACGCGACAAACAACAGCAACAACAACAACAAUUGCACUCGGCAAGUGUUGUCAGUAGUUAUGAAUCGACAAUUUACGGUGAUCCGGUAUUAAGGCAUCAAUAUGAACCUGCACAACCACUACCUCUAAAACCACAGGUCUAUUCCGCCGCUGUUCAUCCAACAGCAUUGGACGCAGCGGCGGCCUACGCUUCAGCGAGUCUCGGCGAACAACCACAAUUCUAUCAUCAUCCGGCAGCUGGUCCCGGCUUUCAUUUGUAUCAUCCGACAAAUAAGACUGCAUCGAAUAGCUGGUACAGCUCAGCCUCUUAGUAGUUUCGUCCACAAGAACGGCUCGUACUUAAUAAUUUUAAUUAUAACUAAUUCUAUUGAAUCCAAAGUCCUUUUUGAGCAUAUCAUUUUUAAAUCAACACGAGAGAGAGAGAGAGAGAGAGAUGGAAUCAUUGUGGCAAAAUAAGAGGGGCAUUCAAUGUCCCAUUAAUGCCGAUAUCAAGUAGACAUUCGUUGUAUUAUAAUAAUAACUAAGUUAUUAAUUAGAUGUGCGAAGGAAUCCGAUGAGUCAGUUUAGAAAACAAUGAUUCGCGAUUCUAAAGUGGUGUGCGUACAACUCACAAUCGACCGCUUGCAUUGUUCCCUCUUAAAAUUAUCAGGGUUGCCACGCUUUUGCUCUUUUCAAAUUCCCUGACUUCUCCAGGUUUUCCAGGUUAAAAAACGGAAUUUUUCCAGGUUUUUAAAACGAAAAUUAUUC